AUGACUGUCAUUUAUGGCUCAUUUAUGUCUCAAUUUGCUUCAAACUUUGUAGGCGUAGUAUGCAAUAUGUAUACUAAAAAUGAAGGUUAUAUUAAAAAUUUCUAUCGUCUAGUUAAGAAACAACGUAAUCUUAAAUGGUGUAUGGAUCAAAUUUGCAUUGGACCGAAUAUAUACACAUAUUCGGAGAAAGUAGCAACAUCUAACCAAACAAAUAUUUCGACUUAUUACUGUUUCGUGAUAUUCGCUGUUUUGUUUUGUCAAUUCUCUUUGAGAAGGGCGGAAGAAACAGAAACUGGGGAGACUGCAAGAAGUGAUGAUUUUGAUGAUGAUGAGCAGAAAAUUACUAAAAGAUCAGGGAGUGGAAGUCAAGAUUUCUUUUAUCAUCUGAAAAAUAACAUAGCAGGAACUUUGAGCAAAACAUCAGCAUCAUUAUCGGCAGGAAGCUCACCACAUGCUGCAAAAGCCAGUAGUAGUAAUCAUGGCUAUAAAUAUGGUGGUAACUCUAUCGAUUCAUGGAAUUUCAAGUCAUCAUUUUUCGGAACAAUUAAGCAAGCGGUAAAAGCUAUUACAGGCGGUGUAACUGCUAUUAAAGGACAAUUAAUAAAAGGAAGUGGUAUUGUACUUUCAGCUAGUGGAAAGGUUGUGGCUGCUUCUGGUGACAAAAUAUCCGAUCUAGGAAAAGCUAAAGUAAAUUCUGCUCAGUUUCAUCAUGUGGAUCAUCAUGGUUAUGGAGAAAGUGUCCAUCCUUUACAUAAAUUAAGUAGUUUAUCAAGCUCAUCUUCAGGACACAGUGGCAGUGGGAAAGAGAUUCACUCAAAACCACCUCCAGCAGUUCAUCAUACAGAAACUAUAACGACUUAUGAAAUUCCAGUAGAUCACGUGAAUUCUGGACCACCAAAUCAUCCGAUACACUAUGGUCAGCACCCACAUCAUGGUAGGCCUUCAGAUGCUUAUAUUGGAAGCCUUCCACCACACAUAUCAGCUGCACAAGAGCUUCCGUACGAAUAUCAUAGCCACACAUUUGAAGGUGAUAACUACUAUUACAGUCAUUAACAUUUUUGGAGUACGAAAAUAACGAAACUUGUAAAAUACUUAGUUAUCAACUGUGACUCAAGGAUAAAAUUAGAAUACUUCAUAUAUAAAAAGUCAAAAUAUAGUAAGUUCA